CUACGCAAUGGAAUAUACAAUUUUGGUUAUUCUGGCUCUGACUCUGGUCCUUAUUAAUGGCCAGAAAUGUUUGGCUGCUCCCUCGGCUGAUGAUCUGACCAAAUUUGGGGAAAUGGAGCGAACAAUCAAGGAGCUGACCAGUUCGAUCCUGGCCAUGAGUGGAGCCACUACUGGUCUAAGUUCGGGCGAUAGAAAUGGCAACAAUGCCUGGCCUGAAGAUUUUCAGGCUUAA